AUGUUUUCAGGACUUUGGAAGCUGGAUGGCCGAAGCUGGAAGAGAUCUAGCCCGUCGACCAAACCAGUCAUUCUAACUGUUCACAGAAAUUACACCUUUCAUAUUUCUGAUGGGAGCAACAUCUGCUUGAAAGAAGGGGAUAUUCUUGUAUUGCUACGCAAGCUUGACAAUGACUGGUGGCAAGUUAGGAAAAUAGGAGACAGUGAAUGUACCACCCCUUUCCAUGUGCCCUCCACCUGUAUCAAUGAGCUGAUUGCUGGAAAGUGUGUGGGACGCAAAAACAAAACUGUGGAAGGUAUGAAUAAGUCAAAAUGAUGCAUAUCAUUAUUUUUCAUCAUAACAUAAUGUUAUCAUUUUGCAGAAAUGAUCAGUGGAUACACAAACUAAGGGAGUAUUCUUCAAAUGUAUCUGCAUGAUAUAUCAUCAGGUAAUAGUAACCUAAUUAUGACUGUAAUUUACACAGAUAUGCAGAAUAAAGACACUCCGGGAUAACAGAAAUAGCAGCUUUAUUGGGGAUCUGUUGUCCUGGAGUGCCUGAACCGUUAUUUAUUCUGCAUAUCUUGGAAGUGAGGCCUGGCCAGCUCUGGCUUCAGAGCACCUGGGUUAUUUGCUGAGUGUGGUAUCCAGUAAGUCUCUCUAAUUUACACAGAGACAUAAACUAUAUGAACCACGCAUUGGUGCACCUGACCAUUACACCAACAGAGAUUGUAUGACAUUACAUUCUAAAUACACAGACAUUAAUAUAUAGUUGGUUUCCUCUUUGCAGCUAUAACAUCUUUGAUCCUUCUAGGGAAGGCUUUCCACAAGGUUUUGGUUUGUUUCUAUGGGAAUUUUUGCCUAUUCAUGCACUACAGCAUUU